AUGAAGAUCGGCAAGGCUGAACAAAUCAGCCAUCAUCUUCCGGAAGAAAUCAUCGAAGAAAUAUUGUACAUACUCCCAGUAAAAUCUCUCUUGAGAUUCAAGUGUGUUUCCCCAUCAUGGCGUUCAUUGAUCUCCACCAAACAAUUCAUCGAAACCCAUCUCCAACACUCGAAAAAGAUCGAAUCUUUCACCGACAAAAGAGUCAUCUCAACCUGUAAGAACUCUUCGAAAUCAUCAUGUCCAGGCAGACUAAAGGCAUGUUCUCUGUCCUCCUUGCUGACCGAACCGAUAACCCGCGCCGUUUCUUUCGAUUUCUUUCCGAUGAAUAGUUCGAGAGAUAUAGUUAUCGUCGGUUCAUGCAACGGUUUGAUCUGCGUUCUAGUCGACGCAUGUCGGUUUUUCUUGCUGAAUCCUUCGACAAGGGAGUUCAAGGAAUUGCCCGACUUCUUUACCGGAACGACAUGCCCGAAGAAUCUCGGUUCUAUUAGUGGAUAUGGCUUUGGAUUCGAUGAGAGUAGUUGUGAUUACAAGGUUUACGCCGUUUUUUCGAUGACAUCACCGUACGAUCGAGAUGUCGGUUUUCCUAGUAAAUCCGUGGCGAGAGUGUAUAGUUUCAAAACCGAUUCUUGGGGAGUUAACGCGUUCUUCGAGGAUAGAUGGACAAUAGGUCAAGGGAAGUUUGUGAGUGGGAAGCUUCAUUGGAUAAACUAUUAUAAAACGAAAUUGAAAUGGGAAAUCGUUUGUUUCGAUUUGACGAACGAGAGUUUCGGAACCGUGGAACGACCUAGUUGUAUGGAGGGUUGUUACAUUCCGAGGCUCGGAGUUUUCAAGGGAUGUCUUUGUAUGUCUUUCGACUGCGCUCUAACCGUCGGGUUCGAGAUAUUGAUUUGGAACGAAUACGGGAUGGAAGAUUCGUGGUCACGAUUGUUGACUAUAUCUUAUCUAUCCGUUUUUUGA